CGAAUAAGCCACUACCUUCGAUGAGUGAACCCACGGAGGUUCAAGAUGCUGUAGCAUCUACUUUAGCAACGCCAUUCGCGCAGCCAAUAAUCACUGCUUCAAAAUCGAAAGCCCAAAAACAACGUGAGUACAGACAGCGUAUCACAGCAUCUAGAACUCCUGCUCAGGCGGCUGCUGCGAGAAAAUCGAAAAACGAAAGACAACGCAACAACAGAUUACGCCAAGCUGCUAACUUGGUUAUUGCCAGUAAUUCUCUUGAAACGACAACUACAUCUCCAUCUCGUUCAGGGGAAGAGUCGGACAAUGUCCAAACUAGAAGUCAACGACAACACGCGCAACAACAAUCUACCACCACUGCAAGUCAACCUGAUGAGCGUGUCAAUCUCACAAAUGAGCCACUCUUUCCUGCAAUUCCUGUUCCCAUGGAGGUUCAAGAUGCUGUAGCAUCUACUUUAGCAACGCCAUUCGCGCAGCCAAUAAUCACUGCUUCAAAAUCGAAAGCCCAAAAACAACGUGAGUACAGACAGCGUAUCACAGCAUCUAGAACUCCUGCUCAGGCGGCUGUUGCGAGAAAAUCGAAAAACGAAAGACAACGCAACAACAGAUUACGCCAAGCUCCUAACUUAGCUAUUGCCAGUAAUUCUCUUGAAACGACAACUACAUCUCCAUCUCGUUCAGGGGAAGAGUCGAACAAUGUCCAAACUAGAAGUCAACGACAACACGCGCAACAACAAUCUACCACCACUGCAGAUCAACCUGAUGAGCGUGUCAAUCUCACAAAUGAGCCACUCUUUCCUGCAAUUCCUGUUCCCGUGGAGGUUCAAGAAGCUGUUGCAUCUACCUCUGCGACGCUAUUUGCAGAACCAACAACAAGGGCACAAAUACAACGAGAGUACAGACAGCGGAUUGCUGCAUCCAAAACUCCUGCACAGGCAGCAGCUGCAAGAGAAGCACGUAAUGUAAGAGAUCGAAACAACAGAUUACGCCAAGCUACUAACUUGGCUAUUGCCAGUGGUUCUCUAGGAGCGACAACUAGAUCCUCAUCUCGUUCAGGGCAAAGGUUAAACACCGUCCAUAUUGAUACUCAACGACAAUUUACCGACCAACAACGUCAAACUUUAGCAACAGAACCAGCAGAAACUACUGUACAACCAAGUACUUCUUCAGAUCAAAUUGAAGUUCAAGCACAAUCUACUUGGAACACUAAAUGGUCAUCAUCAAUCAUAAGAUUCAAAUCUACUUUUUUGGACAACGAUUUUGGCUACGCUUGCUCGGUCUGUGACAGACUUUGGUUUAGAAACGACCUUAAACCCAUCACUGCAGCACAGCUGAAGGUAAUUUCAGAUUGGUUUAUCAAAGAAAAUCGACAACUGAGCAGCGAAGAAUAUGAACUGGUUUGCAACACUUGCAAAAAGUCACUAAACAAACAAUCGAUGCCACCGCUAGCAAAAAUUAAUGGAUUUUCAUAUCCUGACCCACCACCAGGCCUACCACCGUUAGAUCCCAUCAGUGAACGAUUGAUUUCGCCUCGUCUACCAUUUAUGCAAGUGCGUCGUCUGCGCCAUGAUUUCUCUUAUGGAAUCAUAGGACAAGUGAUAAACGUACCAGUCGACGUUCAAGAAAUGGUAAAAUGUUUGCCGCGACAAUUGGAUGAGGACGACGUUAUUAAUGUAAACAUUAAAAGAAACCUUGCCCACAAAUCUGUUUACAUUAGUGGAUACAUGUCCAAAAGUACAGUUACUUCGUGGUUAACUGUUCUGCAGAACUCUCCAUUAUAUCGUUUGUACGAAAUCAAAGUGGACUUGUCGAGACUGAAUCAUGCUUUGCCGGACUUCGAUGACGUAGAGGAUGACCCGUCAAACCGUAUAGAAAAUAUCUCCGCAGAACAGAAUCCUGAAUCUGAAAUUCUCGCUUCAAGACAACAUACCGUGAUGUGGAACGUAGAAGAUUGUCUCAAUAUCGCACCAGGACACCGGGCAACUCCCCUCAACAUCAUUUAUGACCGUCAUGCAGAAGAGUUGUCAUUCCCAUCAAUAUACUAUGGAAAUCCACGUCGAUUCCACAUGGGAGUUUCAGUGACACCUUACAUGAUGGCAACCAGUGAAAUACGACGAAGCGACAGACGCGGAGCCACGCCUCAAAAAAUCUUGUACGUAGCAAUGAAAAUUUUGCGGCUACGUAUGGUGGAUGGAAUUUACAGCACGUUUCGCAGCGUUUCAGUCACAGAAAAUGUUACACGACGUAUGUUAGAACACCCAGAAUUUCUGAAAGAAUAUGUCUUACAAAACCUCGCAUUCAUGAAGACAGUGCCAAACUCCGUCCAAUACUGGGCUUCUCGCAAACGUGACCUCUUUGCCAUGAUUCGUCAACUUGGUAAACCAACCAUCUUUCUCACUAUAAGUGCAAACGAAAUACGAUGGAUGAAAUUGCUUUCUAUACUUCUCAGACUGAGCAAUAAAUAUCCUGGAAAAUCAGCAGGAGAUCUCAACACUUCCGAGCGCUGUACUUUAGUUAGUGACGAUCCUGUGACGUGCUGCAUUUACUUCUACAAGCUCGUCGGUUCCUUGAUGAAAAUGCUGGAAUCCAAACAGUCCUAUAAUCCAUUCGGAGAGUAUUUUGUUAGAGAUUACUUCAUUCGUUUUGAGUUCCAGCAUCGAGGAAGCCCCCACGCACACAUUUUAUUUUGGUUAAACAACGACCCACAUGAAACCCCGUCAGAAAAUAUGCCAAAAACCAUUAAGCUCGUAGAUAAAUUGAGUACGGUAGCCCGGAAUGAUGUACCUAACAAUUCCAUCUACGCCAACCAGAUACACAAACAUACUUUCACAUGCACGAAGCGAGGUGAGACAAUUUGUAGAUUCGGAAUUCCGUACUGGCCAAUGUCUACGACUUGUGUAUUAGUUCCAAUGCCUCAAUCUGAUAAACGCCGUCGAACACUACAACAGAAGGCGAAAGAGCUGCGUACUUCACUCGAUGAACGUCGGUACGCGGGCAUGGAUUACUUUCUUGGAGCUAAUGGUUUGACACACGAUUCAUACCUUGACAUUGUGCGCUCAACGUUACGCAGACCAACUCUUCUGUUCAGACGAAACUUAGACGAACUUAUGACAAACACGUUCAAUCCGUACAUCGCUGGCGAAGUCAACUCAAACAUCGACAUUCAAUUUAUCUUGGAUGAAUACAGCUGCGCAGAGUAUGUUGUGGAGUACGUAAAUAAAUCAGCUCGUGGAAUGGGCAAUCUACGUCGUGAGCUUACUACGAUGAUGCAAGAGCAUCCCGAACGGGACUAUACAGACCAGUUGAAAGCUUUAAGCAUCAAGCUGCUUAACGCUGUCGAGAUGUCAGCGCAAGAAGCAGCAUGGUAUCUCCUACGUCAACCAAUGAGCGAGACAAGUCGUCAAGUUGCGUACAUUCCAACAGUAUGGCCGACGGAAAGACAACGUUGCCGCAAACGUCGUCAACAAAUGGACCGCGAAGGGCUUGACGAAAACAGUACUGAUGUCUGGACCAAAAACAUAAUUCAGCGCUAUGAAGAGCGUCCUGCAUCUUUAGAACAAGUGUAUUUAGCUGAGUUUGCAUCGUGGUAUGCUAAAGCUAAUGAUUUCGUUGACGAGGAGGACGACGUGCACGUGGAUGGCGAAGAAGAUCUAGAAAAUGAACCCGUAGUAAGAAUGACAAGAGCACGAAAUCAAUACCGCAAACGACUAAUCGGACGCGUUAUACGGUACAGACAUUACGACAUGGACGAAACUGUCAAUUAUAAACGAGAAAUGGUUCUAUUAUACGUACAAUUCCGCAACGAAAUGUUAGAAAUUGUUGAUCAAAAUAAAUUUCUCCAAUUAUUUGACGACAACAAAGACGCGAUCAUGGAACGCCGUAGUCAAUUCGAGUCUAAUUUGAACAUUGAAAACGUCAUGAGAGAACUUGAAGCGAUGAUGAUUUUGCAAAACGAAGACAACAGUAAUUUACGGGAAGAAGAAUCCAGAACAGCCUUUGUUCAACAGUUGUUAGGAGAGGAUGGUGCCGAAAACGUCGAUGAUGUUCACCAAAUCGUCUCACGACAAGGAUUCUCGAUUGUAAAGAAACGCAGCAAUGUAAUGUCAAAGCAACAGUAUUGUGAACUUGUACGAACAACUAAUCCGGAACAACGACAGAUCAUUCUUGAGGUUAUACAUCGAUUGCAUGGUUGUGGAGAUUACACUUCUGAAGCAGUUCAAAUUUUCUUCACGGGUCCUGCAGGCUGUGGAAAAACUUACACGUUAAAGUGCCUCAUGGAGACAUACAACCGCUACACUCAGGAGCACAACACAAUGAACAACGCCUACAUUGCCUGUGCAAGCACAGGUAAAGCCGCUGUACCUCUUGGUGGCACUACAGUCCAUUCAGCGUUUCGUCUCACAACUUCUCGCGUGACGAAACUCUUAUCCACAGAAAAUUUGCAAGCUUACAGAAACAUGUUCGUAGGCGUCAAAGCUGUUUUCAUCGACGAGAUCAGCAUGUUAAGUUCAGCUAUUCUUCAACAAGUUAACUACCGAUUGCAGCAGAUUACUGGCAUAUAUGACAAACCUUUCGGAGACAUUCACGUUAUAUUAUGUGGAGAUUUCAGACAGCUUCCACCUGUACGAGCAACUCCAUGUUAUACUAUGCCGAUCAAUCAAUUAGGAGGUCCAAUUCUUUGGCACAGCAUUGAUUACUUCCCACUGGUUCGUGUUGUGCGACAAACCGAUGAGCGGUUUUCAACGAUUCUAACAAAAAUCGGCGAUGGACUUCAACUAAGCAACGAUAAUAUCUCCCUUAUUGAGUCCAGACAUAGAACUCAGGCUUGGUGCAAGGAAAACGUGCCUGAUGCUGUCAGGCUGUAUUAUAGUAACAAUGAAGUGGAUUCGUACAACCGAAGCGCAAUUCUAAAUGCAUACAACUGUCUCGCACAUGAUAUUAUGCUUGGUUAUUCAAGUGAACAAGAGAAGAGACAAUAUCAAGGUAAACUACACAAGAUGACAGUGGCAGAAACCGAUGGAUUACCGUACCUGCUGCCAUUGGCAGAAGGAUAUCCCUACAUGAUAACUUCUAACAUAGAUGUCGCUGAUGGGUUAGUAAAUGGAUCUAUUGGUGUCUUGCGACAUAUCGAACGCCAGCAGUCAAAUGUAGAUGACAAUCCUGCAGAAGCAGGACCAUCGACCAGUACAACUUCGCCAGCAGCUAGAGAAGAAAUUGUUACUUUAUGGUUCGAGUUUCCAGAAGAAACAAUAGGAACCACAGCCAAAGUUAAAUGUCGACCUCAAGUGCAAAGCAAGCCAAAUACUUUGUCUACAAACUGGGUACCAGUUUAUAAGAAAAUAGUAAACAUUACACUAACAAAAACUAUAAAAUGCAAACGAAAACAGUUUCCUUGCGUUCCUGCUUGUGCCAUCACUAUUCACAAGUCACAAGGUGGGACGUUUGCUGUCAUUGUUUAUAAAUACUCAUCCAAGCAACCGCAACAGUUGGUGUACGUGGCGCUGAGUCGGGUAACAAGUUUAGAAGGCUUGCAUAUUAUCACCGAAAAAGAUGCUCCAUUUCGGUUUAAACACGGACGGGAGGGAAACGAUUCACAGACAACAAGAGAUAUCCGUAACGAAUACAUUCGACUUCGUGGACACACACUUCGAACAAUUACUGAUAAUGCAGUAAAAUUCUGUAAUGACUCAAACAAUGCAGGACAAACUUUAAUAACGAACCUUAAUUCACAGAGUUUGUCUGCUCACUUUGCAGAUAUUGAAAAAGACACAGUGAUUCCAAGGUCUGAUUAUUUGAUUCUGACUGAAACGUGGAUGCGUGACAAUUGUGAUCCAAUUUCAAUUGAAAAUUUUGAAUGUGUAACCCGGCAGAAUAAUCGAUCAGAUUCUGAAACAAAUGCAGCAGGUGGAGUGGCAAUUUAUAGAAACUUAUCAUCGACAUCCACAGCCAAAAUUCUCAAUGUUGAACUUUCAGAUACAACCCGCCUUAUUAGAAACACUGGUGACGUUUGCUUAGCAGAAGUUAUAUGCUUCACCGCUGAUACCACGUUCAAAAUGGUUCUUGGCGCAGUUUAUAUUCAUCCUGGUGCAAGUAUUUCUAACAUCAGUGUUCUGCUACAUCAAGCACUAUUUCCGUAUGUUUAUAACAGCCAGUAUGUACAUCCCAUCAUGGAAGUUGAUACCGAUAUACCAAUUCUUCUUUGUGGCGACUUCAACACAAAUGUGAAAAAUGACGAAACAUUCAUCAAAUUCAUGAAAGACAUGUUUAAUGUCGAUUGUGCAUCAGACGUUAAUAACUCAACAACACUAGGAGGCACCACCAUCGAUUUGACUUUUUCAAGACACAUUAAACUCGAAACACUCCCUUUCAUUUCCUACUUUUCCUAUCAUCGUCCUAUUCUCAACAGAAUAACACAGAUUGUAAGAAAUUAAAUAUAACACAUGUUUAAAAGUUGUAAAACAAUUGCUCAACGCACAUUU